CAAAAUUUCCCAUCCCAUCAUUCCACCAUCUCCUGACCUUUUACCGCAUAUAAUAUUGAUUCUGUGUCCCUACCCUGACGCAAUUGACACUACCGGAAACCACGUCGACACCAUGGCUCCCGAAUUCACCACCAAGACAGUCGGCGUCCUCGGAUGCACCGGCUCCGUCGGCCAGCGCUUCAUCCUCCUCCUCGCCCAGCACCCCUUCCUGAAGCUCCACGCCAUCGGCGCCUCGUCGCGCUCCGCCGGCAAGAAGUACAAGGAUGCCGUGCGGUGGAAGCAGGCCGCGCCCAUGGGCGACGUCGCCGAGAUGAUCGUGAGAGAGUGCAAGGCUGAGGAGUUCAAGGAUUGCGAUGUUGUCUUCAGCGGUCUCGACUCUGACGUCGCUGGCGAGAUCGAGCUCGAAUUCACCAAGGCCGAAAUCCCCGUCUUCUCUAACGCCAAGAACUACCGCCGCGACCCCCUCGUGCCCCUCGUCGUCCCCACAGUCAACCUCUCCCACCUCGACCUCAUCCCUCACCAGCGCGCCCAGCGCGGCAUGACCAAGGGCUUCUUGGUCUGCAACUCCAACUGCGCCGUCAUUGGACUCGUCAUCCCCUUCGCCGCCCUGCAGGCCGCCUUCGGCCCCAUCUCCACCGUCAGCAUCGUCACCAUGCAGGCCGUCUCCGGCGCUGGCUACCCCGGCGUGUCCAGCAUGGACAUCAUCGACAACGUCGUGCCCUACAUCCAGGGCGAGGAGGACAAGCUCGAGACCGAGGCCCGCAAGAUCCUCGGCCGCAUCGACGACGCCAAGACGGCCUUUAUCGAGCAGGACGGCCUCCGCGUGUCCGCCUCGUGCAACCGCGUCCCCGUCAUGGACGGCCACACCGCCUGCGUCAGCCUCAAGUUCGAGCGCCAGCCCGCCCCCUCGGCCGAGCAGGUCAAGGAGGCCCUCCGCAACUACGAGCCCGAGGCUCUGGCGCUCGGCUGCCCGUCCGCCCCCACCCCGGCGAUCAAGGUCUUCGACGAGCCCGACCGCCCCCAGCCCCGUCUGGACCGCGAGCUGAGCCGUGGCUACACCGUCAGCGUCGGCCGCGUGCGCGAGGACGAGAGUGGCAUCUUCGACCUCAAGUUUGUUGCCCUCAGCCACAACACCGUCAUCGGCGCUGCUGGUUCCUCGAUAUUGAACGCCGAGGCCGCUGUCCUCAAGGGAUACAUCUAAAUCAAGUAGUCAACUGGAGUUGGAAUUUAGCAAAAUAUCGAAAAUCGUACGGCUUGGGAUAAAUAGAAUGGAAUGCUUCUGGAGUUCACACAUGACCUUGGCUAAGCGUGAAUCCUCGUCCUGGUUUAAUAUCAACAUAACUACAUAUGUGGGAGUCGUGAGAGUAAACUGUUACGCAUUUAUAUUCAAGACCGGCCGCCGCGAUCAUAGCGGCUAGCCACGAG